AUGUCUCGUAUCCCUACAUCAGUCGAGUCUGCUGAGUUCGCCUCUGACGUGGCUGAGAUCAAGCAGUGGUGGCAAUCCGAACGUUGGACCGGCAAGCGCCGCUUGUACUCGGCGGAGGAUGUUGCUCGUCUUCGUGGUCAGAAGGCCGGCCGCACCAAGUACCCUGCUGAUGCUAUGAGCAAGAAGCUGUGGACGUCCUUCAAGGAAGCUCAACGGACUGGUGGUUUCCUUCCUACCUUCGGCGCCCUGGAUCCUGUUCAAGUGACUCAGAUGGCCAAGUACCUCAAGACCAUCUAUGUCUCAGGCUGGCAAAGCUCCUCAACGGCCUCCACUUCUAACGAGCCAGGCCCUGACUUUGCCGACUAUCCCUAUAACACCGUCCCGAACAAAGUUGACCAACUUUUCCGUGCUCAAGUGUUCCACGACCAGAAGCAGCAUCAGGAGAGGUUUGGUAUGACUGAGGCCGAACGCCAGGCUACUCCGGCUGUUGAUCACUUCGCCCCCAUCAUUGCUGAUGGUGAUACUGGUCACGGUGGUUUGACUGCAGUGAUGAAGCUUAUGAAGAUGAUGGUGGAGCGUGGUGCAGCUGGUGUCCAUCUCGAGGACCAGAAGCCUGGCACCAAGAAGUGCGGUCAUAUGGGCGGCAAAGUGCUCGUCUCUACUAGAGAACACAUUGACCGUCUCGUGGCCGCUCGGUUGAUGACCGACGUUCUCGGUGUUGAGACUAUUAUAGUUGCUCGUACCGAUGCUGAAGCUGCUACGCUGUUGGACACUAACAUCGACUCUAGAGAUCACAGCUUUAUUGUUGGUGCCUCUAACCCGAACGUGAAGGAAUCUCUACAGGGAAAGGUCGACGCGGCUGUCCAUCGUGGAGCAUCUGCCGAGGAGAUUAGCAAGCUUGAGACCGAUUGGGUUAUGAACGCCCAGCUGACCACCUUUCCUGAUCUCGUCUCGAGCAAGUUGAAGGCCAUGGGCAAGUCUGUGACCGAAUGGGAGGAGAAGAGUAUGUUCAUGGGCAUCGAUGAGAUGCGUGCUGAGGCUAAGAGGUUGCUCGGUACGGUUCCCUUCUGGUGCUGGGAUCUCCCUCGUACUAGGGAGGGGUAUUAUCGCAUCAAAUGCGGCACUCGUAUGUGCAUUAGCCGUGGUAUAGCAUUCGCGCCCUACUGCGAUGUUCUCUGGAUGGAGUCCAAGAAGCCCGUCUACUCUCAAUGUUUCGAUUUUGCAACCGCUGUCAAAAAGGUGCAUGGUGAUAAGAUUCUUCUCGGCUAUAACUUGUCUCCAAGUUUCAACUGGGAUGCUGCUGGUAUGACGGACUCCCAGAUAGCUUCAUUCCAGAAGGAUAUCGGGAAGCUGGGCUAUGUGUGGCAGUUUAUCACAUUGGCGGGCUUUCAUCUGUCCGGGUUGCAUAGCGACGUCUUCGCCAAGAACUAUGCCAAGGAGAACAUGCUCGCCUAUGUUAGAGAUGUGCAGAGGGCCGAGCGUGCCAACAAGGUGGAGCUGCUGACGCAUCAGAGGUGGAGUGGUGCUGACUUCAUGGACGCUAUGGUCGGCCUGGCUACUGGUGGAUCUACCUCCACUGCCAGUCAAGGGUCUGAAUCGACUGAGAGGCAGUUCGGUAAGUCCAAGAUGUGACUUGCAGUGACACGGUCGAUUUGUUGAAAGUUUUUAUCAUUAUUAAUAACAAUAGGAUCUCAGUUGUAAGUGCGUCUCUUCA